AUGUCUUCGCGCUCCGCCCUGGCGGCGGGGAACGAGCGGAACGCGGACACGCUCGCGGGCCUGGGGGGCAGCCGCUCGGAGAAGGGCUCGGCCUGGUCCAGCCGCUCACUGGGCGCCCGCUGCCGCAACUCCAUCGCCUCCUGCCCCGAGGAGCAGCCCCACAUCGGCAACUACCGCCUGCUGCGCACCAUCGGCAAGGGCAACUUCGCCAAGGUCAAGCUGGCCCGGCACAUCCUCACCGGCCGCGAGGUGGCCAUAAAAAUCAUCGACAAGACGCAGCUGAACCCCACCAGCCUCCAGAAGCUCUUCCGGGAAGUUCGCAUCAUGAAGGGUCUGAACCACCCCAACAUUGUGAAACUGUUUGAGGUCAUUGAGACAGAGAAGACGCUGUACCUGGUGAUGGAGUAUGCCAGCGCUGGUGAAGUGUUCGACUACCUCGUGUCCCACGGGAGGAUGAAGGAGAAGGAGGCACGGGCCAAGUUCAGACAGAUCGUCUCGGCUGUGCACUACUGCCACCAGAAAAACAUCGUCCACCGGGACCUCAAGGCAGAGAACCUGCUGCUGGAUGCCGACGCCAACAUCAAGAUCGCUGACUUCGGGUUCAGCAACGAGUUCACGCUGGGCUCCAAGCUGGACACCUUCUGUGGGUCCCCCCCCUACGCCGCCCCCGAGCUCUUCCAGGGCAAGAAGUACGACGGUCCUGAGGUCGACAUCUGGAGCCUGGGCGUCAUCCUCUACACCCUGGUCAGCGGCUCCCUGCCCUUCGACGGCCACAACCUCAAGGAGCUGCGGGAGCGGGUGCUGCGGGGCAAGUAUCGGGUGCCCUUUUACAUGUCGACUGACUGUGAGAACAUCCUGCGCCGGUUCCUGGUCCUGAACCCGGCCAAGCGCUGCACCCUUGAGCAAAUCAUGAAGGACAAGUGGAUCAACAUCGGCUACGAGGGUGACGAGCUGAAGCCCUACAAGGAGCCUGAGGAGGACUUUGGGGAUGCCAAGCGCAUCGAGGUGAUGGUGGGUAUGGGCUACACCCGGGAGGAGAUCAAGGAGUCCCUGAGCAACCAGAAGUACAACGAGGUGACAGCCACCUACCUCCUGCUGGGCAGGAAGAACGAGGCAGGCGAGUCGCGUACAGGCAGCAGCCUCUCCCUGGCCCGGGUGCGGGCACCCAGCGAGACGGCCAACGGCACCGGCAAGACGUCCUCGCACAGCAAGAGCCAGCGCGGUGCCACCACCUACCACCGGCAGCGGCGGCACAGUGACUUCUGCGGCCCCUCGCCAGUGCCCAUGCACCCCAAGCGCAGCCCCACCAGCGCGGGAGAUACGGAGCUGAAGGAGGAGCGCAUGCCCACCCGCAAGGCCAGCUGCAGCGUGGUGGGCAGCGGGCGCGGGAUGCCCCCCUCCAGCCCUAUGGUCAGCAGCGCCAACAACCCCAACAAGUCCGAGAUCCCGGACCGGCACAAGGACGGUGCCAUCAACACGAACAACCUCCCCUCAAGUGUGAUGGCGCGCAGGAACACCUAUGUCUGCACCGAGCGCCCGGGCACUGACCGCCAUUCGCUGCUGCAGAACGGCAAGGAGAACAGCUCCGUCGCCAGCCGGGUGCCCCCGGCAUCACCCUCCAGCCACAGCAUCGCCGCCGCCUCCUCAGAGCGGGCCCGCCUGGCGCGGGGCACCACCGUCCGCAGCACCUUCCACGGCGGGCAAGUGCGGGAUCGGCGAACGGGAGGGGGUCCCAAUGGGCCCCCCGCCUCCCCGACGCUGGCACCCGAGGCCUCGCCGCUGCCCCAGAGCCGCUCGCGGGCCACCUCCAACCUCUUCAGCAAGCUGACCUCCAAGCUGACCCGCAGGGUCACUCUUGACCCCUCUAAGCGGCAGAGCUCUAAUAGGUGCGUCUCGGGCACCCCCACGCCUCCAGGAGCCAAAAUCAGGUCGCAGACGAACCUGAGAGAAUCGGGGGACCUGCGCUCACAAGUUGCCAUCUACCUUGGGAUCAAAAGGAAGCCGAACCCCGGCUGCUCCGAUGCCCCUGGCAUGUGAAGGUGACGAGCGCCCGGCCGGCCGAGGCGGUGA